AUGCCAAAUCCGCCGCCAAAAGAAGACACGUGGGCAUUUCAACCAAUCGGUUCGCCAUUUCCACCAUCGCCUGUCAAAUGUAUGGGUGAACAGAAUAUGUAUGUGGCAUUGUGGUAUAAACACGGUAAACCAAUUCAUGGAAGAUCGUGGAAUAACGGUGGAGUUGUUGAAUGCUCAUUUCCAUACAAAUCUGCUGAAUUGACAACAAAAGCACAAUUGGAGGGACAAAUUCAAGUAUUGCAAUAUUUGGGUGACCAUAAUAGUCAAGGUUAGUUGCGAAUACUGUAGUUACUGUAACUGGUACCUCCCUUUAAAAUAGGGAUACUGUAGUUAUUUAGACGUUUAGACCUUUAGGGUUAAAUUUAGCCAAGGCUUUGAUCUUACUGUAGAAGUGUAAGAAAAAGCUUCCAACCAUUAGCGUCCUUCGGGAUUACGGUAGGAGAGGAUUACUGUAGCUAGAUACUGUAACUAGGUAUAUUUCUGGAUACCUUUUUUUUCGAAUUUCAAUCAGAUUUUGAGGUACUGUAGCUUUCAGAUUGAGGUUUAGGAUACUGUAGAUAGGUUACUGUAACAAAUUGAAAUGCUGUGUUUAUACUCAAAUUGGUCCAAAUUUCUAGAGCUACAGUAAUCCAAAUCAAAUUAGGGUUCAAAAAUCUGCAAAUUUUCCAAAUUUUGAUUUACCACCUCUCCCCCUACAGUAACCCAAACUACAUCAAAUUCAAAUGUGCAUUAUUUUCUUGUAGGAUUCUGGUAUGAAUGGAUCAAAUACAAGGAUCGUCUCGAAAAAUUGGACGACAAACAUCAAUUGGUGCGUUGUGGUGAUUCGUUCCCAAUCUUCUGGAAACGUCCCGAAGGAAAUCUUCUCGGCUACGUUGACAACAAAACCGAAGAAGCGCUCUUCUCAUUCAACGGAAAAGUGUACAGCAAAAAGGGUGGAGAACUUUCGGACAUGUAUAUCAUUACCCGAAACUGUGUCGGUGGUCCACCACAUUGUGGUUGUGCUGCUUGCGGUGCCGCUCCACCACCACCAAAACCACCACCGAAGGUUGUUAUUGAUGAAUGGAUGGAUAUUCGUGAGGGUGAUCCAUGGCCAACAAGACCGUUGGUUCGUGCGCUCGACAAGAGUUUGGACACUUUGCCAGGAGUUCCUGCCGAUCAAUACGUUGGUUUGUGGUACAUGCAAGGUGAACCAGUUAUGGGUCGUGUUUGGAAUGAGAAUGGAAAAGUUGCUGCAUCAUUCUCGUGGUUCAAUAAUGAAUAUGCGAAGAAUGUUGGUUCAAUUCAAUUGUUGGUUCAUUUGGCCGAAAAUGUUAGAGGUAAUGAUUAUUGAAUUUUGGAUUGCUCAUAAUAAUCUCAAUUUUUCCAGGAUUUGACUACGGUUGGAUUCCGUUCCCAGAAGCUGCCAAAUUUGACAGUGGAAAGGAAUGGCUUCCAGUUCAUGUCAAUAACCACAAGGGUGAUAUUUCGGUUGGUGUUGUCAAUUUGCCAGGUGGAAAGCAAAUUUUGGCAAAGGUAUGUGUGCAUUUUGAUAUCAAAUAAGCUUAGGAAAAAUUUAUGUGCUGAGAAUCACUAUUUCCAUAGAUUUCAGCGCGAAAUUUUAGACGAUCAAUCCAAUUUUCUCCUAAUUUUCACCCAAAUCCACCAAAAUCCAUCAAAAUUAAAUUCAGGUUGACGUGCGUAACGAGAAGUACGGUUACGGACACGGUGGAAAGGAGCAUUCGGCUUCUGCCAAGGCUUGCGCUGAUUCGACUAUUGUUUUGUGCCGCAAAGCAAAACCGGGCUACAAAUUGGACGGAUAA